AUGUGUCUUCUAAACAAAAUCCCAAUGUUCUCAAAGGAAGAUUAUGAUGAUUGGAAGAUCAUAAUGCAAGCUCAUUUGGCCUCUCAAGAUGAUGAUAUGUGGUAUGUUAUCACUGAUAGUUCGAUGAAGAUUGUGAAGGUCAGCACAUUCAUAACUUCAACUGAUGGUGCUCCUGAGAUGAAGAAGAAACCAAGAUUUGAAUGGACUACUGAAGAUAAGAGGAAGGCCAACCUCGAUAAUGUGGCUAAAGAUAGUCUCUACAAGACUCUUCACAAGAACAUGUUCAGCAAGAUUAAGUUGUGUUCCACUACCAAAGAGAUUUGGGAGAAGUUGACUCAACUUUGUGAAGGCAAUGAUCUAACCAAAGAAAACAAGCUGAUGGUUGCUACACAGAAAUUUAACAGCAUCAAGAUGUGUCUUGGAAAGACAAUGACUGAAUUUGAUGAAAGAUUCGACAACAUUGUCAUUGAACUCUCAACUCUGGGAAAGACAUAUAGCAACCGAGAGGUUGUUAUUAAAGUCAUGAGAGCUCUGCCCAAAGAAUGA